AUGCUGUCAUCAGCGACGCAUCGGGUGCGGACAGGCUUUGGCGAUUCCGAACGUACUUUCAAGCCGCCUUCUGUUAUCCCCUUCCAAGGCUGUGGUCAGGGUAAUGGGGCUGGACCCCCUAUAUGGAUCUCUGUGAGCUCCGUUCUCAUUACCAUGAUGGAAGCGAUGGGUUACGGCUUUGAGUGCCUCUCAGCAUUGGAGUCACAGUUGGUCACAGCCCAAUGCUUCUGCUUUGUCGACGACACCAAUGUCAUUGAGGCUGGCAAUAGAGUACAUCACUCGGGUGAAGCUAUAUGUGCAUCGGUGCAGGACGCCGCCACUCUGUGGGCUGGGGGAAUCCGUGCCACUGGCGGUGCGAUCAAUCCCAAGAAGUCCUUUUGGUGGCUCAUUGAUUUUGAGUGGGACUCCCGCACAGGUAAAUGGAAAUUCCGUGGAAAAAAAGCAGUCGCUCCCAACUUUGAACUCCAAAUUCAAGGUCUUUCAGGUGCUACUGAACCCUUGCGUCGCCUUGAACCAGACGACUCGGAACGCACUUUGGUAGUUAUGCUUUCUCCCUUGGAAAACUUUGAGGCUCACAAGGCUCAGAUGCUUGCUAAGCUAAGGAUUGGGCAGAACAGCUUCGACCCAACCUGCUUCACAAAUAUGAUGUCCUCCCCCUCAUCAGGUCGACCAUCAUGA